CGCGUCGCUCCUGCCCCACCCCUCUCGUAGCCGCAAUACGAGCGCGGCCGCGGCGACCACCGGCGGCGACCGGAGUUCCCUCCCCUUUCCUCUCCGCGUGCCCUCCCUGUCCCAGAUCUUCGCCUCCCGCUCCCUUGUCGAUAUCUCUCCCCUCCCGCGAACCGUGCGGUGCUGCCCCAGGUCCCGGAUCUCCCUCCCACACCUUCCGCCGUGCAGAUCCGGUGUCGGCGAGAGCUCAAAUUUGUAAUGUCUGGGAUGGCAUCUGAUGAUGCAACUGCUCAAGCGAGGGUUGAAGGAGAUGUUGCAGAUAAAAAGGUAGAAGAAGUUCAGGACCAGAAUGAAGUUGGUGGGAUGCCCUCACGACAGGAGGAGGAGGCAGUAAUUAAGAAAAAGUAUGGAGGAAUAUUACCCAGAAAGACUCCACUUAUAUCUAAGGACCAUGAACGUGCUUACUUUGAUUCUGCUGAUUGGGCUCUAGGAAAGCAAGGUGGUGUUCCCAACAAGCCUAAAGGCCCUCUUGAAGCACUUCGACCAAAGCUUCAGCCUAGUCAACAGAAUGCACGUGCCCGUCGAGCUCCUUAUGCAUCUGCAGACAGUGAUGAGACUUUGAACUUGUCUGCUGAGGAUCUGGGCCAGCAAGGAGAACCUGUUGAGGACAAGAACAAGGAAUAAGUAUGCCGAGUGGCUCUACGCUUUUUAUCGGAAGAUGCCAUUUGCUGUGCUCAUGCUAAGACCUUUGCCUUGAUAAUAAGUAAACUGUGGAUUUGUAUAAUAAACACUGGUGAGUUUGACAUGGUGCAGUUCGAGCUGGAUGUGAGGCGUGGUGCAUGUAAUAUCCGCGGCUACCCUCAGCUGUUCAGCCUUUCGGAUGCCUGGAACAGCUAGGAACGAGCCUGUGUCCGUGAGGAUGGUGACAAUGUUUACAGUGCUGGAAGUGUAUGCAAACACAUGCGAAUCCGAUGGUUGAAACUCCCUUUGAACUGGAGUCACUACUUAUAAUAAAGAACACUUCCGAAUGUCA